UUAGUGUGUCAAAAGCUUUCGGGAAGUAGGCUAUUGCGCUUCAAUAAAAAGGAGACGCUAAAUAAUCCGAAAAUGCAACCUCCUCCCAGAAAGGUGAAGGAGACCCAGCAGGUGAAGAUGGCCUUUGCGGAGCAAGUGGGGCGGCUGCAGAGCAAACAGCAGCAGGAGGUAGAACUGCUGGAGGACAUCAGGUCCUUCAGUAAACAGCGUGCUGCCAUAGAACAAGAGUACAGUCAGGCCCUCCAGAGACUGGCCAUACAGUUCCAGAGGAAAGACUGGCAAAGAGGCAAGGGAGACUCUUUGAACUCUGGGAGUGUGUUUGCUGUGUGGAGGUCUCUGAUUGAGGCCACGGCACAGAGUGGAGUGUGUCGUCUCACGGCGGCCGACGGAUAUCGCUCACUCACUGCCGACGCUCUGAAGAGCCUGAGGGCAGUCAAGGAGCUGAAGGCCAAGAGGGGUCUAGAGCAGCUGCAGAGAGUACAGGGUGAGGUAGUGGAUGCACUACGAGAGCUCCACAAGGUCAAGAAGAGAUACUACCAGCUGAGUCACAUGGCUAACGUGGCCAGGGAGAAAGCUGCUGACGCACAGGCCAAAUUCAAGAAGAGUGACCAUGGAAUUUUCCAUUUUAGGACAGGCUUGCAGAAAAUGAGUUCAAAGCUGAAUACCAGGCUGAGGGAGUGUGACCAGAGACUGACAGAGGUGCGUAAUGAGUACCUUCUAACACUGUCUGCCGUCAACUCUCAUCACCAGUACUACUACACUGCAGAGCUGCCUGCCAUCAUGAGGAGACUGGACAGUGACCUGUAUGAGCAAAUCCGAGAACACUUCACUCUCUUGUGCUGCACAGAGAUCGACACCUGCCGGUCAACGCAUAGUAACUUUAGCAAGAUCUGCGAGAACUACACCAAGGUGUCUAGAGAACAGAACAUCCAGAUCUUCCUCCAGGAGUUCCCGGUCUUCACCAGAACAGCCGGCUUUCACUUCCAGGUUGCCCCUAAAGACAAGGUGUGCAUUCUGAAGCAACAUAGCUCCAGUGCUGAGGGGGAGAGCUGUUUGGACAAGGAGGCCCGCAAGUGGUCUGCUAAGGCUGCCAAAGACUACAAGAUCAUCUCACAUGGAGAUAGGGCACUGCAGAUGCUGGACAGGCGUUUCAAACUGCUGUCAGGAGACACAGGAGUCAGCGUGGAACAGAAGAUGGUGGGGGUGAAGGAGAGUGUGAGGAAAGCACAGGUGAGCCGGGUGAAGGCGGAGUCCAGGCUGGCGCUGCUGGCGUCGGCGGGGGUGGACGUGGAGCCAUGGGUGAGCAGUGCUAUGACCCAGGCAGACGAGGAGCUGGAGAGGGACAGGAGGCUGAGCGAGGCACGCAUGUCCAACGGAGAUAUCUCCGAGGACGAGUUUGAGUUCACAGACUUCGACGACUACGAUGAAGAUGGUGACACUUUCAUCGAUUCAACUUCCUGCUCUGUGCCGUGUGGAUACCCCUUGACUUGCAUGGUUCUCUACAGCUAUCAGGCCUGCCAAGGAGACGAGCUGUCAAUCACAGAGGGAGAAGAGCUUCAGUUGAUAGAGGAUGGGGACAUGGAGGACUGGCUGAAGGCCCGUAAUGCAGCAGGCCAGGUUGGCUACGUCCCUGAGAGGUACCUGCAGUUCCUGUGGUCACCAGGAGAGGGCUCCUCUGUCUGCCUGGCGCAGGGCUUCCCUUGUCCCCAGCUGGACUGGUCCUUCAACAGUUCCAGCUCCUCAUCAGAACAUUCCAAGAGGCAGCAGGGCCGCUCCCCUCACUCUGGGGGUCUGGCACGGGCUCUGUUUGAGUACCAGGGCCAGGGACCAGAGGAGCUGUCCUUCCCAGAAGGGGCGGUCAUUAGGCUGCUGCGCUGCCGCCAGGGGGAGGUGGACGACGGCUUCUGGGAGGGAGAGCUGGACGGACGCUUGGGGGUCUUUCCUUCUCUGGUGGUGGAGCUGCUGGGGGACGGGGAGAAAGAGGAGGAAGAGGAGAGCCUUCCCACCCCCACUCUUCCUCCAUUCUCUCCACCCAUCCCUAUUUCUGGAACCCCCUGCAAUCUCCUCUGCUUCUCAUCUGGCCCUGGGUCCUGGUCUGUAAACAGUACGCCCCCUAAGGACCCGGAGGACAGGUUGCAGGCUUCUUUCUCACUGAAAUCACAGAGCCUGUCAGACAGCAGGGCAGAGAGUGCAGGCAGCACACACAGCUCACCUGACCUCUCAGCCGGAAGAAUACGACCGACAAGGGCUCCCCCUCUUCCCCCGACUCAGAGACACUCCCCCAUGCCCUGAGGAAGCAUGUGUGGGGGAGUGUUCAGAAGAGACCGAGUGGACACCACAGGAGAGUCUUGUGCCUUCACCGAAAGGAUGAAACACACCCUCACCGGGACUUGUACAGUAUGUAGCUACCAGGUGAGCUUUGUCUCUUCCUGACAGGCUACACUAUUUUUGAAAGUUAGUAUUCUUGUAUUGUUUACGUGAUAAUAUGUCAAAAAACAUGGAUUCAUCUGUCUCUGAGCUUCAGGGACAUCAUUCACCAGUUUUCAGAAGUUUUAAACUAUCUUGUAGGAAGUGAUGUUUAUAAUUUGCGUAUGAUAAGAUACAGGGUUAUUUGAGAUCCUGUAGAAAUAAAUGUUCAGUAUUGCAGUUCAAAUAAGCUUGUGCCUGAUGUUUUUUUUGCUUGCAUGAUAAUAUACUGCAUUAAUUAUACAGUAGUAAAUCAUAUAUAAUGUACUGUAUUAAUUAUACAGUAGUAAAUCAUAUAUAAUAUACUGUAUUAAUUAUACAGUAGUAAAUCAUAUAUAAUGUACUGUAUUAAUUAUACAGUAGUAAAUCAUAUAUAAUGUACUGUAUUAAUUAUACAGUAGUAAAUCAUAUAUAAUGUACUGUAUUAAUUAUACAGUAGUAAAUCAUAUAUAAUGUACUGUAUUAAUUAUACAGUAGUAAAUCAUAUAUAAUGUACUGUAUUAAUUAUACAGUAGUAAAUCAUAUAUAAUGUACUGUAUUAAUUAUACAGUAGUACAUCAUAUAUAAUGUACUGUAUUAAUUAUACAGUAGUAAAUCAUAUAUAAUGUACUGUAAUUAUACAGUAGUACAUCAUAUAUAAUGUGCUGUAUUAAUUAUACAGUAGUAAAUCAUAUAUAAUGUACUGUAUUAAUUAUACAGUAGUAAAUCAUAUAUAAUGUACUGUAUUAAUUAUACAGUAGUAAAUCAUAUAUAAUGUACUGUAUUAAUUAUACAGUAGUAAAUCAUAAAUAAUGUACUGUAUUAAUUAUACAGUAGUAAAUCAUAUAUAAUGUACUGUAUUAAUUAUACAGUAGUAAAUCAUAUAUAAUGUACUGUAUUAAUUAUACAGUAGUACAUCAUAUAUAAUGUACUGUAUUAAUUAUACAGUAGUAAAUCAUAUAUAAUGUACUGUAAUUAUACAGUAGUAAAUCAUAUAUAAUGUACUGUAAUUAUACAGUAGUAAAUCAUAUAUAAUGUACUGUAUUAAUUAUACAGUAGUAAAUCAUAUAUAAUGUACUGUAUUAAUUAUACAGUAGUAAAUCAUAUAUAAUGUACUGUAUUAAUUAUACAGUAGUAAAUCAUAUAUAAUGCACUGUAUUAAUUAUACAGUAGUAAAUCAUAUAUAAUGUACUGUAUUAAUUAUACAGUAGUAAAUCAUAUAUAAUAUACUGCAUUAAUUAUACAGUAGUAAAUCAUAUAUAAUGUACUGUAUUAAUUAUACAGUAGUAAACCACAUAUAAUGCACUGUAUUAAUUAUACAGUAGUAAACCAUAUUCUAGAUGUCAUGUUCUAUUUCCAUGAGAACCAGAAUCAAACAUGGACACUGAGAUGUAUUAAACAAUCUUCCUGGUGUGUUUGUGCUUGUUAAUAUCUUACCUCAGAAUUACAGGAUGGUUGAAGUAUCAGAACGAAAUGCUCUAACAGUACUACAUUGGGUUAAGUCCACCUCAACAAUUAGUCAUACAGACAACAAUGGUCAAAUGCAUAGCUUUAAUAUAUACUUAGUUUGAUUCCUUAACAAUUGUUCAUUGUUCAGCUGCAUUUUCACAUUUGAGAUGACUCAAAUCAUCAGGUUGUUGAUUAAUAGUAUGCAUAUAAUAUAUAUAUGUUAUUUCCAGCUUUGGUCAAUGAAGACACAUGCAAUAUAUGAUUCUAAGGCCAUUACAAACACAUUUAAAUAUAUUUUACACUCAAUGGACACAGUGUAAGACUAAGGAGUUAGAUCAUUACUGUGAACUGAUAAUGCAUGUAGCAGCCAUGACCAGCAGAGGAGACCACAUUCUGGUAACACAUACAGGAAACGAUUCCUGUAUGUGACGAUUCCUUCGAUUCCUGUAUGUGACGAUUCCUUCGAUUCCUGUAUGUAACGAUUCCUUCGAUUCCUGUAUGUAACGAUUCCUUCGAUUCCACAAAAAUACAACUUUGGUGUGCUUUUGUUUGCCAGUUAAUUUGAAAACAUGAAAUCUUAAUUGAAAUCAGUCAUAUUCUGUGCUUAGCAGAGCUAUAACCAGAUAUAGUACCAUUCACAUAUGGAGUUACAGUACUGUUCGCUGGUGAAACAUUUAUGACUGUGACAUACAGUCAGAUAUAUACAGUAGUAAGCUUUUGAUUUCUUGACCAUUUCACAUCUAUGAUGUAUAUUAAAGUAAACAUGUCUAAUGCAUAUAAACGCCA